AUGGCGAUCCUCAAGUUUGUACCCUUCAGUACAAACAUCCAUCCGACCUUCUGGCAGGAGCUCUCGUCGCUUAAGAUUGACAAGCUUCAGCUCAGCGAUGAUGCUGUCGCUAUCCAUGCUCACUACACCGCCGGCAAAGUGGUACUCGAUCGUCAGACAGGAGAGUCUGUGUCGCUCGGAAGCCAGAUCAGCCUAGAUGCUGCGAGUCUCCAAAGUGAUAUGUCACACGACUCGAUCAGUUUCAGGUCAACAUCUUGCUCCGCGGUCACAUCGUUAUCCGCCGUACAACAGUCCUGUCCUGGCAUCGCAGCCCGUGGGUUCCUACAAAACUUCAACACAAUCGAAUCAUUUCGCAAUGCGGACAAGCAAUUCAUUUUCGACAACACGGUCCGAGGGAUAUGGAAAGGAUUGACAGACGAACAACAAGACCCAGAGGUCUUCUUGACCACGUUUUUGGCACUCACUUUCGCAGACCUCAAAAAGUUCAAGUUUUACUACUGGUUUGCCUAUCCCGCUCUCACAACAAAUCCUCCGUGGGAGGUUAUCGACGAUGCAGAAGGUGUCGACAAAGUCUGGAAGCCCAUCUCAACACAGCUGAACGAGGUUGACUACAGCGUGAUUGCAAGCUGGGUUCAGCAGCAAAGCGUCAGAAGAGGUUUCUUCCUUUUCAAGGCUGCAGUCGGAAAAGUUGGACAAUGCGGCAGGAUCUCGACGUACGCUUCUUUCUUCGAUGGGGUGGCGGAAAGUGAGCGUUAUGUUGGAUUUGUCGAUCCCUCGGGCACAUCACAAACUCCGGGCUGGCCUUUGCGCAACCUCUUGGCAUACCUGCAUGCACGCUUUGGCGUGGAAGAAGCUCAAGUAAUUUGCUGGAAGGAUGAGAUUGCUAACGCCGCCAGUGGGCUCACAUUUGGUCAAACAAGGAGUGUUUUUGGGAAAGUGCGAUUACCAGUGUCGAACACUACAGACGGUGUCUCAACCAUGGGACUUGAACUCGACGGUAGAAGGACCAGGCUCACCUGCAAGCAGAACAACGUACAAUUGCCUAACGGAGUGGGAUGGGAACGCAACGCGCAGGGCAAAUUAGCGCCCAAGGUGGCCGAUCUUGGACCCCUGAUGGAUCCGAGAAAGCUGGCCGAUCAAGCAGUCGACCUCAAUCUCAAACUCAUGCGCUGGCGAAUCAUGCCCGAGAUCAAGCUUGAGACGAUCCAAAACACGCGCUGCCUAUUGCUCGGUGCAGGGACGCUGGGUUGUUAUGUAGCGCGCUCUCUGCUUGGAUGGGGCAUCCGCCAGAUCACGCUGGUCGACUCGGCAAAAGUGUCAUUCUCGAACCCGGUUCGGCAGCCACUGUUCGACUUUGAAGAUUGCCUCGAAGGUGGACAGCCCAAAGCCGAGUGCGCAGCAAGGCGAUUGAAGCGCAUCUAUCCCGGCAUCGAUGCACAAGGUAUCAGCUUGUCAAUUCCGAUGCCGGGUCACCCAGUGGCGCCGAUCGCUGAGCCGCAGGUAAGAGAAGACGUCGGACGGCUGGAAAAGUUGGUGGAUGAGCACGACGUCAUCUACUUGCUCAUGGAUUCGAGAGAGAGUCGAUGGUUGCCGACUCUGCUGGGCGCUGCAAAAUCCAAGCUUGUCAUCAACGCUGCACUUGGAUUCGACAGCUACCUAGUGAUGCGCCACGGUGCUCCGCCUCAAUCAGCCGAAAGUGUUACUGGUGUAGCGCCUGACGCGAGCAAGGCGAGCAAAGGUAAGGACGCCAAACAGAGCUGGCACGGACGACUGGGUUGCUACUUCUGUAAUGAUGUGGUGGCGCCUUCGGAUUCUCUCACCGAUCGGACACUGGACCAAAUGUGUACCGUGACAAGGCCCGGAUUGGCUGCAAUUGCUGGAGCAUCGGCAGUCGAGCUGAUGGUCUCUGUGCUGCAGCAUGAGCUUGGUUUGCACGCUCCCGCCACGGCCGGUGAAUCAUUGAGACAAGGCAUAGAAGAUGCGCAGGCGAUCGCCGAUGCCACCACGGUUCUCGGCAUCGUGCCGCAUCAGCUUCGCGGAUUCUUAGCGCAGUUCAAUACGCUGAGGGUGGUCGGUCAAGCGUAUGACCGCUGUACCGGUUGCAGCGCAGCAGUGGUCGACGCGUACCGCACAGAAGGCUUCGAGAUGAUACUGAGAGCUAUGAACGAGGACAAGUACCUGGAACAUCUGACAGGACUCGACAAGAUGUACCAAGAGGCCGACGAGAUGGAGGCUGCAGUCGACUGGGACGUCCAAGAUGACGAAGACGAAGGUUUUUGA